AAACGAAAAUUUUUAAAUGUGUUGUGAGUUUAGAAACAGUUUGGACUGUGGUUAGGAAUUUUGUUGUGAUUUACGGAAAUUUGUAGUAAUUUAAAAACAAUAAGAUGUUUUUUGCCAUCGACUUGUUGUGCCCCCAACAUGGCGGCAAAUUUUCCAUUGCUUGGAUAUGUGCCACUCGGGGAACGGCUCACGUACGUCGCCACCAAAUUGUUACUUGCGACGUAAUAAAGUUGUGUGAAGAAAUAUUUGAAAUGGUAACGAGUUCGUCUAAUCGACCUAAGUUGCGGCUCUCCUUAAGUUUGGCAUCUCGGCUAAUUAAUGGGUUGGUUAAGAUUUUUAGACGACAAGUGGAAAUUUUGGAAGAAGAUAUAAUUAAGUUUCUCCGGGAAGUUAGAAGACCGGCAAUUGUAGUUCUUACUCAUCAUGAUGAAAGUAAGUCAGAACCAAUGGUGCGACCUAAAGUACGUAGGAAACGUAAGAGAAGGAUAGUGCUUUCUCAAGAUGGUCAAGUAGGACGUCUAUUGAUUCCUGAUGGACAAGUACAAAAUGUUGAUUUACAAACCAUUGUCGCCGAGGCUGAGCGUCGUCAAUCUGCAACUGAUACCCAUGCAAACCAAGAACUUAUUAAUAUUCGUGAGGAGCUACCCACUGAAUCUCAUUUUGAGACGGAUAUUGCAAGGGGACUGGGUGAUUUUGGUAUACUUGAAGAUGUUGCUGCACCUGCUCUUCCUGAUUUCAUAUCCAAGGCUUCUACACCUCUACAGGCAACUGUGCCUCCACGUACACCAACCAAGCGCACAAAAAGUAGAAAGGAAAAGGCGAUCCCAGCCCAGGCAGUAUUGCUGAGACGUGAAGAAGAGGAUGCAAUCCUCCCUGCUCCUAUACAGGAAGGUGUGAUUCCAGAGCCUGCUGGGUUAAUAGAUGUGAUUGAAAAAGACACAGAGCAGGCGGUUACAGAAAUAGUUGUGGCACCACGUCCCAAAUCCGUCGAGAAAAUAUUAGAGCAACCAAUACUUCCAGUUGAGAAAUCAGUUGAACAGCCAAUUGUUAAAACACCGCAGAGAAAGAAAGAAAGAAAGGCGAUUCCACUAACAAAAACUUUAGUUAAAAUACGGGCAAGGCGUACUGUGAAUAUCAAUCGGUGUGAGGAGGAUGACUAUGAACUGUUUGAUUUAUGGCAAUAUGAAAAUUGGUGCCCAAUUACGCUACCCGAACCAGAAGAUGCAGACAAACUGAUUUUUCCCCUUCUGCCAUUUUUACGACCAUUAUUGGACGAAGGCGACACAUUCCUAACUAACAUACAGGAAACGCCAUAUAUAAGACCCAGUAUACUACGUUCAGAUGCUUUAUCAAAAGUCGACAGUAGAGCUGUUUCCUCCUUAGCUCAAACUCAAACUAUGCAUACUCCUCUUCAAAUAUCCGAACAACAUCAGAUGGCUGUAACUGUAGAUAUUCAUCAACCGCCAGCUUCUAAGCGACGCAAAACCGCAGCAAUAGAGCAAAUAAGUCGUGAGGAACUCAUUCUUCCUCCUCCAAUACCAGAUCUGCCAGCAAUAGAUGUACUACCAGUAGCUGAAAGUACUCGGAUUACGAGCGGCUUAGAUCAAUCCAUUGUUCCGAUGCUUGAAAAACGAUUAUCAUCACAACCCAUUCUUGAAGAGCAGCACAUAUCAUUAGCACCUCGCGACGUUACUGUUGAAACUGAACUUCCACCAGCAGCAGAAGCGCCUAGACAAAAACCUAUGAUUGCAGUUGUAGAUCCAGAGAUGCAAUUGAAACGAAAUAGGCUGAAGUGCUUGCGACGGAAUUUAGAAAAAUGGGAUUUUGAAAAUCAGGGAAAUCCAACUAUUGAGGAUGUUUGCAAGAGACCUAUUAAUCGUCUUAAUAUAGCAACAGCGUUUAAUGAUUUAUUAACAUUACACAAAAUGGAAUAUGUUAUCCUUACUUCAAAACCGGACAGCUUGGAACUGGGGGAAAUUCAGAUGGGCCAGAAACUGCAAUAGUCAAUACAAGCGUGUUCUCUUAGUUGCUUUAAUAUUAAGUUUAAAGAUUUUAACUUCAUAGUAAGUAAGUAAUAUGUAAUUUCUGUAUUUCUAAGAAAAUGUUCAUUUAUUCUGUGUUAUAAAGAUUUAUAGUAUACGUAUGUUACAGCUGCUUUAGAAAUUUAUU